AUGCCUAUUUCGGGCGGACCGCAACGAACAACGCGACUCGAAGGACGUGUCUCGGAUGUAGAGGGGGGGCCUCGUGAAACCCGUCGUGUCUAUCGAUUCCGUGGGCGCGUAGCUCCCCCAUCGCCACAUCGCCGUCGCCUUCACUUCGGCGCAGUCAUCACCAUCACCAUCAUCCUACCAUCGCCGAGCGCCCGGCCACCGCCGCCUCUCCACUCCAGUUUCUUUGAUGUUGGACUAACAGCGCACUGCUACCACCGUUCUUCAACGCCGCGGACAACGUGUGACGUCCCCGUGUACCGACGUCGUCACGCAAAUGCGACGAGAAGUUCGGGUGUGGAAGUGGGACCGCGAAGUUUUUCUUCGGAUGACGUGUGCUCGGCUAUGAGGAGCUUAGGCAAUGUUUGCCUUUCACGAUGGGUCAACGUUGAAGCUUUGAAAUGA